GGAGAUGGCGUCUUCUCGCUCCUACAAUACAGAGAAAUUAAGAACACAAUACCCCCCUUAUAUUUAUAUAUCACUCACACAACUGGGGUUGUGGUGUCCCCCCAGGGCCCGUGUUUCGACACUUGUUUGGAUGGUACACUUUACCAUCAUAUAUGAAGAACCUUGCCGAACUACGACCGCAAAGCUGGUCAAUUGCGGGCUCAAAUCUCAAAAUGGCGGCAAAGACAACAGAUAUGUCUUUCGUUCCUACAGAUUGGGAAGAUGAUGAUCGAAUGAAUUUUAUGUUUUCCGCGUUUCCUGAAAACAGAAAUGUCAACCCCAAACACUGGGACAGCAAGCUGAACUUUUGGACGACAGCAGUGUGCGAAAUGUGUCAAUCUCGUGGAGAAUUUUGCACCGACUUGAAUACUCUUCGACAACGAUUCACAAGAAACGGACAUGUACCUCUUGGGCUUAAAAUCGUGCUAAGGGAAAUGCUAAGAACACAGAAAUUACAAACAGUAGAAGAUAUACAGAGCCAUGUAAAUGACGACUGGUUGUCAUGGUCGUAUGGGUACAUGAGGAAGUCAUUUUCUUGGACAGUCGGGACAAUGUUAUGGGGCGGAAACGAAAGUGAUAGAAUAUUAGACAACCAGAACUUUGUCCUUACACAAGAACUACAGGAGAAAGCAGAUUUAUUACUGAAAAUGCAUCACAAAGCAGUUGAACAUGAGGCCACUGAUCAUGUGGUCCCUUGGAAUGUACUUAAAAUGAGAUGUUCCUCUGCUGGACUGCUGUUCUCGGACAUGCACCUGGAAAUAGUCUUGUGCCACCUACAAAGACAAAGAAUGGUUUUUGUUCACAGUACAAAAGAGGGAGAGAAGGUUAUUAAAUUCUGCAAGAAAAACCAGAGUAAAGUUGUUGUUAUAACGGACACAGAUCUGGAUAUUAUGAGACUUAAGAAAAUGGUUGCAGUGCUUACUUUGCAAGUGAAAAAGUUAUCAAAAAACAUUGAAAGUUGCAGAGAAAAAGCUAAAGAAUGUGUAAAUCAGGGACUUCGAAAAUCGGCAUUAGCAAUUCUUAAAAAGAAGGAAUCCUAUCAAAAGUCGCUAGACAGAACAACUGGUAGCCUACUCACUCUAGAGGAAUUAUUACACAGGAUACAAGAAUCAGAGACAGAUAAGAGGAUUGUUGAAACCCUCAAGUCUGGCUCUUCUGCUCUCAGAGCCAUCCAAGAAGGAAUGAAUGCAAGUGAUGUUGAUAAAGUGCUAAUGGAUGUUGAGGGGACUUUAGAGGAUGCUGAGAAUAUACAACAGUCUCUUGCUCAGGGUAAUAAAGCCAUAUCAGACCAGACAGGAGGGGACGACAUGGAGGAACUUGAGCGUGAGCUGGAAGCACUCUCUCUCAGUGUCAAAGCACAAGAAGAACCAGAAGAGAAGUUUAAGAAUUCCCUUGGAGCAGAGACAAGAUUACCACAAUACCAUGCAAUGGAUGACAACGCACUAUUUGGAACCCAACUCCCGUCAGUCCCCUUACACAGCCCAACAAGUUCUUCUAGUAAUAUAACAACAGUUCAGAAAAAAGCUGCCCUUCUGGCUGAAUAAAUAUCUCCCAGCUAGCUGCUAGGCUUAUUUUUAGAUUUAAUAUAUAUUUAAUAAUAUGUUCUGCGCUGUCUUCAGGCCUUGUUGUUUUAAGGGCAAUUGUUUCUGCAAGUUGUAUCUCAGGUUGCAGAAACAUGACACUCAUGGCAAUUUCCUUCGCAACUUUGCAUAAAGUAGAAACCAUUUUUACAGCAUUGUAAGUUGCAGGAAAUAUUGCCUUAUAAUGUAAUUUGUAUGUACUUUUUUUUUUCAAAAGAGUUACUAGAUUAACGGAAAAUUCUAGAUAUUAAAGUCUCUCUUGAUGUAUACUUGUUUUCAUUUUUUAAUCAUUUGUGUUGAUUUUGCUUGAAGUCUAUCUGUCAAGGAAAUAAAUGAUAAUACCUUUCUGGUG